AUGAUUUGGGAUGUACAGAAUAAGCGGCACUCCUCUUUGCAAUUUAGGGAAGGUGAGUCUAGAGUAAAGGUCACAUUUCAUAGUUCAGAAUAAGAACAGGGCUGCUGGACACUUAGGCUAGUUUUGAUCUAGUUUGAUGUUCUGAGGACAUCUGGAAUGUGCGGACUUGUCAUUAAUAUGUGCUAGCCUAGUAUCUUAAACUGAAAAGCACAUCUUCAUGUAAUAAAAGCAUGGAGUAAAACCUGUUGUUGAAAGAUGGCCCGUGUAGUUUAUAAUGUAGAUUUGCCUGUAUUAUUGAAAAUAGCAGCAGGCUAUCUUAAAGAGGGUGAUGAUCAAGUGGCGAUCAAUAGAAAAAUUUGUCAGAGAGAGAAUUUACAGUGACCUGAAAAUGUAAAACAAUUUUUUUUUCCAAUAUAUAUUCUUUAGGAGAUGCCAUGAAUAUAUCAGAAGAUCAGAAGCGAUGGGUAGUUGUUGGGAUUGCUUUCAACAAGCUGGUGCCUCACAUUCGACCAUUUGUAGAACAGUCUUUACAGGCAGAGUACCAGAGCUUGAAGUCCAGCCAUAACAUUCACAUCCAAACUCCACCUGGGUUUCUCAAGAAUCAUCCCAAACAUCUAAAAUAUGAAAACAUCAAUAGUAACAGCAGUCACAAACUCUCCUCUGGAAAGUUUGAGUUGCCAAAAUUUGACUACAAGGUAUCAAGUCAUGUUGACUUUGCCAAGCUCUACCUUCAACCAUUCAUGGCCAAGUUCAGUGCAUUUGAUGGAAAGUGUGAUGGGUCUGCUGUUCUUUCACUGCUUGUUGACGUACCUGUUUUUUCGAAUGCAACACAGUCCUCAGCUAAGACUGUAAGAGAGGAUGUAAGAAAUGAAUGGGCUCACUGUAACUUCACAGACUGGGACGCAGUCAAGUUCCAAGGUUGUUUUCAGGAAAUGCGAGAGCUUGUCCUUUCUUUCGGACUUCCUACAGCAGAUGAAACCACACUAUUAUCCGAGCUAAAUGACUGGGAAACCAAAGGUAUUUUUUUCAAAUUAUGUUACCUUAAUUUAUGUUUAUCCUAAUGGUGUAGAGCGUACUGGUUAGCCCUUUUUGGAGGAGGAAUCUCAUCAAUUUUUGGGGGGAGGACAUAAGUGCUGAUGAUAUCAUACUUUGCAGUGCCCUGAGGCCAGACCCCCUCCCCCUUAUCUCAGGGUCUGGAUAACCGCCCUCCCCCCCUUAUCUGAAGGUCUGGAUCCGCCACUGCGUUGCGCGCCAUUUGUAGGUGGUUUUCACGGUUUAACAGGUAUUAGAUGGAUGAUGUCAUAGUUUAUUUAAAGUUGUGUGCGUCAGGUCAUUAUUAGGGUAUGAAAAUGUCACUGAUUUUUAAGGUGUAGGGAUCAUAUCCUUUUUUAUGAUGUGUUUUCAUUAAUAGACUAAAAAUCAAUUUUAUUGAAGUAUUUCUGUGAUUAUAAACAGUUGGUUGCAAAGGAAUUAUGCAAGUUCUAUUUUCCUGCUGCUGUCAUUGUCCUAUUCAUCAUCAGACAAUUGUCCAAGCUCUGGUCCACUUAUUCUUGUUUUUCUUGCCACUCUUUUGCGCUAAUUGUGAAUAGUAAAGAAGGCACAAACAAACCAAUUUAAACUGGUUAAUUCACCUAACAAAAAUACACGACCGUAUUCCCCAAAUUGUUUACAUGCGAUAAAGAUCAGUGUACCUCCCCCAUAUCAAUGCGAUUCCCCCUCAAAAAAAAAAGCCCAACCGGUACGUCCCUCACUUGCAAUUCUGAGUUCGUCCUUACGUUAUGCAUCGAGGAACCUGUUGAAAAAGACAUUUUGUCUUCUGAAAGAAUUAUAUAAUGUGCGGUUAUCCUGGGAAUUACCGGUCGCUUCGCCAACGCUCUUUUUGCUAACGUCUUAAGUCGUUUCGUUAACGUUUUAGGUCAGUUACCUUACUUCUUUCGCGAGAACGAGGUGCAUACACAUGCGUAUCGGACGUUGUGGUGUCAUAACUGAAAGAGCGAGAUGUGUAGUGUUCGUUUCUUUUGGAAUGCAAAACGAUUUAAGAACAGUCACCAAACGGGACGUUGGCGAAACAACGUGUUUUCUAGAUGACCACGAGUCACCGUACUGAGGUCGAAAAAAGCCGUUACACAUAGGCUUUAGGAGAACUGUUGAGUUCUGUUAAGGUCUGAGGAGAAGCGAUAUUGUAGACAUCUGUAGUGGGCCGUAAAAAAGCAGAAACGAAGAACCUCGAUAUUACAGUACUGUAAACUCAUGUUCUGGAGAGUCGACGCAUAUGUCUGGGUUUAAUGAAUCGUUAUUUUAAGUGACUUUAAAGUCACGCCCUGAACCUGAACGCUACUUGGGUUUUCAAGGAUUCUAUUUCGUAUUUUUUUAUUGCAAGUUUUUAAAUUACGUGAAAUCAGAUAUUCUUUUUCAAUACGUGUAUAUAUGCAGUCGCCAGCCGACAAUUUGGCGUCGCGAUUUUUAGGAAGUGCUCUGUGGGACCUUUUCUUUCUGUAUCACAUUCCUGCUUUUGAUAUUUUAGUAGCCUAGAGCGUGCAGACUAGUCCAUAAGUUGCAAAUACCAUUAUCAACAAUAAGAUGGCGGGUAAGCAAAAUUAAGACACCUCAGGAAAAACAUUUCAAGUAUCUAAUAACUAGAAGAUAUUUAUACAUGGCUGCACAGAAGAUACGAAAUUUCUUUUAACACCAGAAGAGAAAAUUCGUAUCUCCAAGCGGCCACCAAAUGUUCGUUUUUGUGAACACUAAUGAAACACUAAACAAUUUCACUUAAUUAUUUUUUUCUGCGAAAGGUGCGAUUUGUUCUGCAAUCAAAGAAACGGUUAUCUUUUGACGUAGGAGGACAUCAUGUUUUCGUGCAAACACUCACCUGGUGAGUGGAACACACAGUUAAUCAAAGUCGUUUUCCCUUCUGCAUAAACUUUACAUUUGUCAUGAACUUCUAUAUUUAUGAUAACGUCAUUGAGGUCUUUGAGUUCUGUUGACAGGCACUACGUUCUGUGGUAACUGCCCUGUAGACCCUACCCUAUUGAGCUUGGUACACAAUGAAGUGUUGCAGCUUUCCUCCAGUUUGGAAGAUUUUGUUUGCCAGUUCAAGGAACAGUACGACUUACUAAAAUCGCAGAUCCUUGAAGUAAAGCAAAAUCUCGAAGAGCUACUGGAACUCCCCCAGAAAUUUAAACAAAUGGAGCAUGAGAUGAAAACCUUGAAGCAACAAAUGGCAGAUUUAAGUUGCAGUGCUAUGAAACGUCAACAGAGUGUCAACCCUCCAUCGUUCUUUGGAGCGCUAGAGAGAAAUGAAUAUUUUACUGGCCGAAAAAAAGAGCUAGAAUCAUUGGACAAAGCUUUUCAAGACGUCACCACCACGAAAGAUGUUCUAAAAGGGUGUAAAAAGGGGACCAAAGUUGGUAUUUGCGGGCUGGGGGGCUGCGGGAAGUCAUCUCUUGCCUUCGAAUAUGCUUGGCGCAACCUGGAACGUUACUCCGGAGGUGUUUACGUUAUAAAUGGAGAAAGUGACGAACUGUUGCGAUCAUCUGUUCAAGGAAUCCAUGGACAAUUCGUGUACAAGUCUCAGACCAACAGGCACGAAGAAGCAAAACAGUUUGAUCAGCUAAUGACGGAAACUCUUUCUUGGCUUGGCAGUCUGAGGCACAAGUGGCUUUUGCUUGUAGACAAUAUGGAUCAAAAGAAACUUAGCUCCUACACACGAAAAAUGUUUUUGGGCCAGUGGAAAAACAAAACUUUAGGGGACAUUCUUGUCACUUCUCGUAGAAGUCCUCAAGCGUUGUGUGAGGACCUAGAUCUUCGUCCUGAAAACUGUCUUGAGCUGGAUGCUUUUUCUGUCGACGAGUCCAUUGAAUUCCUAAAGAAACGCACCGGAUUAGCAACCGCUUUUGAAAAUCAAGAGGAAGGAGUAACAGAACUUGCCCAAGAGCUUGGUGGAUUACCGUUGGCUCUAGAACAAGCUGCUGCUUAUAUCAGUGCGUUAAAGUGCUCGGCUCAGUCGUACCUUGAGCAGUAUCGUGAACAAAAGUCGAUUCUUUUGAACAGGAAAAGCGCCAAACCAUGCUCAGAGGUCUACAGUGAGGCACGCCUAGAAGUACAAACUACAUGGCGUCUGAAUUUCAAUUAUAUAGAAAAUGACGAAACGGAUGAAGGACUUGGAGAGGCCGCUUCUUUCUUCAUGAAAAUUGCCACAUAUCUGUCCCCAGAUGAGAUGCCCAUUGAGAUUUUGAAUGUGGGCGCCCCAGAGAUUGACCAUAAGUACCUGAAGGAUCGCUUGAAAAUGCCAAUCGGUGCAGAACAAAUUGUCGAUUUGUUGCUUAGGUUUUCACUCUUCAGACGCAAGUCAGAUGAUAGCUUGAGUAUCCAUCGACUUGUUCAAGAGACAUUGAAAGAGCGUUAUAGUAAUGAAGGCGAAACUGUAAAACCUAUUUCUUCUGCCAUAAGAAUGUUGCACCAUGCAUUUCUCGACUGUGUUGGAGGGACAGACUUCCUUCACGAAUGGCACUUGAGACUGGAUUAUCUGAAAGAUGAUACAGUGAGUCGCAAAGACAAGGUCCGUCAGCAUUUCGAAAGUUUCGGCGAGGCCAAACUGGAGAGUCGACGAUGGAAAGUGCUCUCUGUGAAUGCUUUUCACCUCCUUUUUCAUCUCUUGAAAAACUCAUGCUUGAAGCCUGAUUACCUAUUCUGUGAGGAGACUGCCAGGAUAUUUUGCGAAACAGCCUUCUAUUGCUAUUCUUUGGGAAUAAACAGUGAAGGAUACCGCUUACAGCAAUAUGUGUUCGACAUUUUGUGCGCAGUGAAAAAGUCCAUUUGUUUUUACAAAGGCGACGAACUAAUGAAAGUAACAAGAGCCCUUAGACCCAUCAAUGAGCCUAACUUCGUUGCAGCAAAGUUAAGAGUCCCGUCAGAAGAAACGAUUGAAAAUGUUAUUGGUCGAACAGGUGUUAAGAUAGGCAACACUCAAACCGACGAAUUGUUAGAAGGGAUCGAAAUGAUAGAACCAAAGGCGAGAGAAGCUUUCUCCAGGGGCGAUUAUCAAGCCUCGUCUGAUCUGUACACUGAGAUUGUUAACCUACCAAUUGCAGUAAAUCAACCUUGCGCUCGUCCUCUUGGAAAAAUUUUUUGUAACCGUGGUAUUGCGAAUAUGCAAUUGAAGGACAUUGAGACAGCUUUAGACGACUUCAAUGCUUCUAUUUACGUAGACACUGAGCUUUAUCGUGGGUACUACUGGAAGGCAUACGCACUUUGUAAACUCGUUGAAACUGGUAGAACCGAGUUCACCAGCAGAGCUCAAGCUGCAGCAGCAGUACUUCAUUACAAGUUUGCAGGUUCUAAAACAGGUGAUAUUCGAAAACUGCAACAUAAAUUUCAGAAAGUUUCUGGAUUGCUUGAUAGAAUCAACUACAUUUUUGUCACCGAUGUUAACCAGCUCAAGGAACUAGAGAAUCAGCUCUCUGAACAACGAGAUUCAAAUGAUUCAUUUACAGUCAUCCUAUCCGAAGGGAAAUUCGAUUUGAAUAAGAUUGUUUUAUCGGACGGAUGUUAUUAUUUUGUCUGUCUUCCUGGAAGUUCCGCUGUGCUUAGUUUCAGCGAAGGUUUGUUUUUGUCAGGGGCGUCUUUUCUAUUUGAAAAUGUUCAUUUUGAGAAUUCUUUGCCAUCAGCAAACCGCGAUCAACCGUUGUCGUCUGAAGCGGCCGGUAGUACUGCAAAGAGAGAAAAGCUACUUUCAAUAACGUUAGGAAAAUCACACCUGAUUAAGAAGGAAGUGACCGCCGACAGUGAACGCGAAGUUUAUGCUCUGAUAAAGGCUAAUGACGUUAAAUCAUUGGUCAUGGAUCACUGUUCUGUCAAUUUUUCAAAUAGUGCAGGGUUAUUGGUGGAGGCACAUCACCGUCAGCAAGUAAUUGUUUCAGUGAGGUCUACUAAAAUUCAAAUGAGUCGUGGGCCUGGAAUCGGUAUUCGAGGAGGAAGAGCUGAUUCCCACAUAAGUAUUUGUGACAGUCAACUAGACAACAAUUUACAGGGUAUUGUAAUGAUUACCCCAGCACGUUUUUACAUGGAAAAUAAUUGGAUUUCUCAUAACUUGUUCAGUGGUAUUGUGGCCGCCGGAGGUUGUAAUGGAGGAUUAUUGAGAAAUUUAGUGAAAGUUUCACCUCGUGCCAUUGUGUUACAACGAGCAAACGCGACAAUAGAAGAAAACGUUAUUUCCGAAAAUCUUGGUUGGGGAAUAGUGUGUUGUCUCGGAAGCAACUUAACGUGCAAACAAACAUCGUUUGAAAACAACUAUUGUGGAGGACUUCGUAUCAUUUUAAAUGGCCAAGGAAAUGUUUUGGUUGAGAAAUGCGACUUCAGGAAUAAUCUUGGUCCGGUUGUUUUUCCCUCUAAUGCAAGAGAAAUUUGCCCAUGUGAGUUGCAAUGUAAAGAGAUGUUCACAAGUCCCCAUCAGGAAUCUUCCUUUAUGUUUUACUUACGUAAUUUCCUUCAACUAGCUAAAACUGACAACUUUGAAUACGCUGAUGAAUUCAAGAGCCCCUUACUUCUGGAAAACAGAUUUUCGGAUGUUCCUGAUGUUCUCCCUUGGGAACCGCGUGAAAGAUGCUCUGGGUGCUGGAAAGAUCUACAAUCGGUCGGUGAUUUUAUCGAAUGUUCCAGUUGCCUUGUUGCAAGGUACUGUAGUAAGCAGUGCUCUGACACAGCAAGAGAUGUUCAUUCCUUUGUCUGUAACUCUAUUCUUGAAGCAAAUAAAGUAUGCCGACCGUUGUGGCUACUGUCCAGCUCUUCAAUAAAAGUAGAUUGUCAACGUAAAGCUGGCAACUGUUUGUGUGUUGUUACUGCUCUAUUGAUUGUGCUUGCUCCAGCAGAAUCUCGCGGGCGUAUCUGUAUAUUAACUUGUCCACAGCGCAACCUUCAUACUGUGCUGAAAUCUGCAGAUUUGUACAGUUUUGUAAUGAUUCAUGGAGCUCCCAUUAAAGAAAGCAUGAUGGACAUCAAGGCAGCUAGUAUUUUGGCAAACUUUGAUCCUGAAUCCGACACCGUCACUGUUUACUGGCAUCGCAUUUUCCCUGUCGACAAAGUACCGAAUGGUUGGAACUGGGUGAACAGAUCAUUAGAUUUGUUGGCAAAAUCCUGUACAAGGGAAGGCGCGUCUUAA